UAACAGCUAUCCUCAAUCAAUCGGUGAAAUGACUCAAUAAAAGUACGGGGAAAUCCAUGGACCCUCAUCGUGCAUCGCGAACAGCCCAACAGGGUGAAGCGACCAAGUGGCCUCAACCGGCUUAGCGUGGCUGGGAAAGUGGCCAGCGAGGCGUCUACUGACCUUGACCCGAACUCGAACCUCAUCAUCCUCCUCCUCCCCUUCUGUUCCCCCGAUCUUUUCUUUUCUUCUUUAAUUCCUUUUUUCUUUCUUUUCCAUUUCUGUAACUUCCACUCCCUCAGCUGGUCUUUCACUCCAGCUUUAUUCCCUUUAAUAUUUAUUUUCUGGGAGGUGGACAGUCACAAUGAGCGGACUUCGCUUUCUUGACUUGAUCAAGCCCUUCACGCCCCUCCUCCCGGAGGUGGCAGCACCGGAGACCAAGGUGCCCUUCAACCAGAAACUGAUGUGGACUGGGUUGACCUUGUUGAUCUUCUUGGUAAUGAGCCAGAUGCCUCUUUAUGGUAUCGUCUCCUCCGACACUUCGGAUCCCCUUUACUGGCUUCGUAUGAUGCUGGCCAGUAACCGGGGUACUCUGAUGGAAUUGGGUAUUACCCCCAUCAUCUCCUCCGGCAUGGUUUUCCAGCUCCUCGCUGGUACCCACCUCAUUGAUGUCAACCUCGACCUCAAGACCGACCGUGAGCUCUACCAGACUGCUCAGAAGCUUUUUGCCAUCAUCCUUUCUUUCGGACAGGCCUGUGUCUACGUCCUGACUGGUCUCUACGGCCAGCCCAGUGACCUCGGUGCUGGUAUCUGCGUUCUGUUGAUUGUUCAGCUUGUUGUUGCCGGCCUGGUUGUCAUCCUCCUCGAUGAGCUGCUCCAGAAGGGCUACGGUCUUGGAAGCGGUAUCUCCCUUUUCAUCGCCACCAACAUUUGCGAGUCCAUUGUCUGGAAGGCUUUCUCCCCCACCACCAUCAACACUGGCCGUGGUCCCGAAUUCGAGGGUGCCAUCAUCGCUUUGUUCCACCUUCUGUUGACCUGGUCCGACAAGCAGCGUGCUCUGCGCGAGGCUUUCUACCGCCAGAACCUCCCCAACGUCAUGAACCUCUUGGCUACUCUCGCCGUUUUCGCUGCUGUUAUCUAUCUCCAGGGAUUCCGUGUUGAGAUCCCGGUCAAGUCUUCCCGCCAGCGUGGAAUGCGUGGCUCGUACCCCGUCCGCCUCUUCUACACCUCCAACAUGCCCAUCAUGCUCCAGUCUGCUCUGUGCUCCAACAUCUUCCUGAUCAGUCAGAUGCUGUACUCGCGUUUCUCUGACAACAUUCUUGUCAAGCUUCUCGGUGUCUGGGAGCCCCGUGAGGGUUCCGCCCAGCUCCACGCUGCCUCUGGUAUUGCUUACUACAUGUCUCCUCCCCUUAACUUCACGGAGGCUCUCCUCGACCCCAUCCACACCGCUAUCUACAUCGCCUUCAUGCUUGUCGCUUGUGCUCUCUUCUCCAAGACCUGGAUUGAGGUUUCCGGCUCCGCCCCCCGUGACGUUGCCAAGCAGCUCAAGGACCAGGGUCUCGUCAUGGCCGGCCACCGUGAGCAGAGCAUGUACAAGGAGCUCAAGAGAGUUAUCCCCACUGCUGCCGCCUUCGGUGGUGCUUGCAUUGGUGCCCUCUCUGUUACCUCUGACCUCCUCGGUGCCCUUGGUAGCGGUACCGGUAUUCUUCUCGCUGUCACUAUUAUCUACGGAUACUUCGAAAUUGCCGCUCGUGAGGGAGACAUUGGCGGUGGCCUCAAGGGUCUCGUCCCUGGUAGCUAAACGGGCUGCAUGUUUUUUGAUGAGCAGCAUGAGAAAGGAUCAACGCCUUUUUUUGAUCCUCUGUUUUGUUUUUUUACUAUUUCUUUUCUUCCCCAGGUCGGUGCGCCGUUGUUGUGGCUAGAAUCGGAAUCAAAGGUGUUUUCUAAAGACGGGUUAUAUCAUUUUUGAAGGGAAGAGGAAUAUACUACGGAGCAUCAAACUCCCGGGUUUCAAAAUGUAUGGUUAAUGUUACUUUCUUGGAGAGGAGUUUCCCGUCGGAAAAGUCGAAGUCACAACUGUACAUAGCACCCAACCUGGUUUGUAACCAUAUUCUGAAAAACACAAAAUUACACCUAAUUUGGCAUACUACA